CGUAAAUACUAUCAACAUCCGUAAAAAUCAAACCAUGUUGUACAUUUUGUUGUUCAUAAUUGUUCUCUACAUUUGUAUUGACGUGAAUUAUGUUGUUCGCACGUUUUUUGCUGUGUUGAGUGGCAGAUUUACCGAAAACAAGUGUUCCUUGGAUGAUACCACUACGGUAUACGGUAUUUGCACGUUUCAAGACUGUGAUGUCACUUUCAAGUUUAUUCGUUCAGCUAGACUCUUACGGGAUCUGGAUUUCGCAAGAUAUCAUUUUUAUGACCGCACUGGAAUAUUCCAAAGAAGCCAGGACCUUAAAAUCAAAUCUUUACAAGGAUGCACUCUCAUUUUGAUUGCGGAUCCCGUUCCUUUAUUUUCGUUUUAUAAGAUUAACACUAAGUUGGUGUACUGGGACAAUAGGUCUCUCUUCCUUGAACACGAAGUGAUAACUCUACGUGAUGGCAAACUUCGAGCUUUUCUGGUAUCUCGACAGCAUGGUAUCGGACAAAACGGCGAAUCUAUAGAGGCUUUAUUGUCAGGUCUCGCUGGUUUUCAGAAUAUUAAACCAUGUCCAGAUUAUAUUAGGCACUGGUUGAAAAGUAUGAAAAUUUCUAGUGAGAAACUAAGAAGACAGAACUAGCAAAAUGAAAUGACUUGCUUAUUUAGUAAUCAUUCUAUUGAAUUCUUAGGUUU